AACAGUUCACAGUGAGGGGACCUGGCCAUCCGAUCACUGCCUCCGUAGGUGGGGAGGCCGUCCUGCCCUGCCACCUCUCCCCCAGGAUGAGCGCUGAGAACAUGGAGCUGAGGUGGUUUCGAUUCAAGUUCUCUGCAGUUGUGCACCAGUAUAAGGAUGGGCAGGAUCAGUAUGGACAGCAGAUGCCGGGAUAUCAGGGACGGACAGAGCUGCUGAAAGAUGACAUCACCAGUGGGAGUGUUUCCCUGAGAAUACGCAAUGUCCAGCUUUCUGACCAUGGACAGUACACGUGUUUCUUUCAGUCCAGUGUCUCGUAUGAAGAUGCCUUACUGGAACUGCAGGUGGCAGUUUCAGGCUCGGACCCCCACAUCUCUGUUGAUGGUUACCAGGACGGAGGGAUCCGGGUUGUGUGUCGAUCGGCAGGCUGGUACCCAGAACCUGAGGCUCAGUGGAGAGAUCGCCAUGGACAGUUGCUACCAUCUGCCUCUGAAAAAAUAUCCAAGGAGGCCAAUGGCCUGUUUCACACCCGGAUUUCUAUUGUUAUAACAGAACAUUCCAACCAGGACUUGUCCUGUUUUGUCAGGAACCCGUUCCUCAACCAAGGGAAAAUAUCAACAGUUUCCAUAGCAG